AUGUCAGGAGCAAAUCGACGUAUAAUGGCUGAAAUAACAAGACUACAAGCUUUAGGAACCAACAAUGAUCCAUCAUCUGUUAAAUAUAUUCUCGAUAAAUCACCACUUGAUGAUGCACAAUCAAAUUUAAUUCUCGGAAGAAUUUUACCUAAAUCAAAUCCCUAUAAUCAAGCAGCUUUUCAAGUCGAAGUAAAAUUACCAGCUGAAUAUCCAUUUAAAGCACCUGAAGUUCGUUUUAUUACACCUAUCUAUCAUCCAAAUGUUGAUGAUAAAGGUAAAAUAUGUGUUGAUUUACUUAAUCAAUCUGAAACAUAUAAGCCAACAACUCCAUUAACCGAUGUGAUCAAAGCUAUUGCAAAUCUUAUUGAUAGCCCAAACAUUGAACAUGCACUUAAUGCUGAAAUAGCUGCUGAAUAUACACAGAAUAAAUCUGCAUUUGAUCGUAAAGCAUUAGACAUGAUGGCAUCAAAACAUAUUCGUUUAUUAAAAGAUCUUGCUCGAAUUGAUGAAACAUUUCAAUCGAAUCGUCUUUUUUAUAUAAAGAAAAAAAUUGAUGCAACAACAAAUGAUGCUAUUCAUGAUACAGAUUUAACACAUCCAAUAUUGAUUUAUAAACCAGAACAAAGUCCUUAUGUUGGUGGAGAAUUUGAAUUUGAAAUUAGUCUACCACUUGAUUAUCCAUCAACAACACCACGUGUUAAAUUUCGUACACCGAUUUAUAGUCCAAUUGUGGAUGAAUCCGGUGCCUUAUCAUGUUUACCUAUACUUCAACGAUGGCAAUCAUAUCCGAUAAAUUCUAUUCAAUUUCGUGAUAUACUUACUGAAAUUGAUUAUUAUAUAACACAUUUAGAAGAUGUUGAUGAACCUCACCGUCCAGCUUUACUCGAUGAAUGGAAAACCGAUCCUGUUGCUUUUACAAAAGCAGCUGAACAACACACAAAAGAAUUAGCAAAACCACAAAAACGAUAA